GUAGAUGAAGGAAAAGGGACAGCAGCCAGCUUCGGGACUCACGGAACCUUCUAGGCUAUAUAAAAAAAAAAUAUUGCACGCUCCUCCGGGCUCCUGGCAUUUCAAAUUCAAGGAAAUAUGCAUAUUUUGAUCUUACCCCAAUAAGCUAUCCUGCAUUCUCAGGCCUCUUUCCAAUCUUCAAAGCAGCUACUGCGGCAGCUCCAUUUUCCAAUUGAAGUUAGCAGAGCAGGUUGCAGUGGAAUUCUUAGAGACAGUACUUUAAAUUGCAGAACUUUGGGGGACCUAUCAUGGCCUCUGCUUGAUUUGGCAUGAAGCCAUCUGUGUGUGAAGGGGACAUGAUGGAUGAUUCCCAAAAGCAUAGAAUCCUGAUGGUCUCAGAUUUUUUCUAUCCCAACUUUGGAGGUGUGGAGAAUCACAUAUAUUAUCUCUCACAGUGUUUGCUCAAGUUAGGCCACAAGGUGGUGGUUGCAACUCAUGCUUAUGGAAAUCGAUCUGGGGUCCGAUAUAUGACCGGUGGUCUGAAAGUCUACUAUAUUCCAUGGAGUCCAUUUGUUAUGCAGAAUACAUUACCGACCUUCUAUGGGUUACUACCAAUUAUUAGAACUAUUCUUAUUCGAGAAAGAAUUACAGUGGUGCAUGGGCAUCAAGCCUUUUCAACAUUUUGUCAUGAAGCUCUUAUGCAUGCAAGAACCAUGGGAUACAAGGUUGUGUUCACUGAUCAUUCACUUUACGGUUUUGCUGAUGUUGGAAGCAUCCACAUGAACAAGGUGUUGCAGUUUACCUUGGCAGAUGUGAGUCAAGCCAUAUGUGUUUCCCAUACAAGCAAGGAAAACACUGUGUUGCGGUCAGGUUUGCCACCAGAAAAGGUUUUUGUCGUACCCAAUGCUGUUGACACUGCCAUUUUCAAGCCAGCAGUGGAUCGUCCAAGUGGAUCAGAAAUUGUUAUUGUUGUUAUCAGCCGAUUGGUUUAUCGGAAGGGAGUUGAUUUGCUUGUUGAAGUCAUUCCAGAAGUAUGCCGAUUACAUCCCAAUGUUCGUUUCAUUAUUGGAGGUGAUGGACCUAAGCGUGUGCGGUUGGAAGAGAUGAGAGAAAAGCAUUCUCUUCAAGAUCGAGUUGAAAUGUUGGGAGCUGUGCAACAUGUACAAGUCCGAUCUGUUCUAAUAUCUGGGCACAUCUUCUUAAACAGUUCCUUAACAGAAGCUUUUUGUAUAGCCAUAUUAGAAGCUGCAAGUUGUGGAUUAUUAACAGUGAGCACACGUGUCGGAGGAGUUCCCGAGGUUUUGCCCGAUGAAAUGAUUGUUUUGGCAGAACCUGAUCCUGGUGAUAUGGUGCAUGCAAUUCAAAAGGCAAUAUCUAUGCUGCCAAAAAUUGAUCCGCAAGCCAUGCAUAAUCGAAUGAGAGAACUCUACAACUGGCAUGAUGUUGCCAAAAGGACUGAAAUUGUAUAUGAUCGUGCUUUCAAGUGCUCCAAUCAAAAUCUACUUGAACGUCUCUCACGAUACCUCUUUUGUGGAGCAUGGGCGGGCAAGCUUUUCUUCUUGGUUAUGAUUGUUGGAUUCUUGUUAUGGCAGCUAUUGGAAUUAUGGCAGCCUGCAGAUGAUAUAGAGGAGGUACCAGAUUUCACUCUUCCAUGCAGCUGUGAUGAAGAGAUGUUGGAGAAAAAUUCAGUGAAAUGAGUAAUGUGAUAAAUUAUUUUGGUGAACCAAAGGAGUUUUUGUUUUGCAGAAUAUCAAAAGAAUACAAGUGCUGUUAACACUAACCCAAGUUCCCAGAUCUUGAAAUGGAGAUAAUCAUCAAUCUGUUGCAUAAAUAUGUGCUAAUUUAGUGUAAAUAUUGUUGUCAACUUUACUUUGUUGAGUUUUUUUAGCGAAGCACGUUAAUUUGGUCUGUGAAAUCAAAAGUUCGAAUGUAUUCUGUACAGGAGCAUCUAGGACCAGAAGUAAUUGUAGAGUGAUCCUGAUAUCCAAAUAGGCACCAGCUCUUUCUAUGAAAUGAGAUUUUUUUUCUCCCUUUCAUGGAAUGAAAAGUAAAUGCUAUUUAAUAAA